ACAUCACUUCGUGUUUGGGCCGCUUUGGUUAUGUCAACGAUGACAUGUAAUAGACUAAAUUAUGUCACCUUACAGGCCCAAUGGGCUUAAAUAGUUUCUAUCCAUUUAGGCCCAUAACAUUUAUUUUUUCUGCAACCACGCAGACGCAGAUUCGAAAAUCAUAACUGUAGAUCGGGAAAGUAAGCUCAAGAGUCCGGAAGAUUUACCGACGGAUUUCUCCGAUCAAUUUGGCGACGAUGAUUUUUUUGGUAUAAAUCUCCAUAAUCUAAAGUAACUGGAGGCAGGUGGGUCUCGAUUAUUGAAGUAGGGAGAAACCUUUUUUUAAAACCGUAGAGAGUAAUCAAAAAGCCUUUUUUUUUUAAGAGCGUCCAAACCUAAUUGGUAUUUGCUUAAGCUUGAGAGAAUGACGACAAUAGCCGAUCUUCCAGGCGAUUUGGUAGAGGAGAUACUCUCUAGAGUUCCACUGACAUCUUUGAGAGCAACACGAUCUACUUGCAAAAAGUGGAACGCUUUAUCCAAAAAUCAGAUUUUUGGUAGAAAAGCAACAGCAGCAAGGAAGCAGUUUAUGGGGUUUAUGAUGAAGGAUUCAAGGCUUUGUUCAAUUGAAUUCGAUCUCCAAGGAAUCCGAAAUGAAGACGGCAACUUCGUUGAUCCAUCUAUAAAGCAAGUAAGUAUACUUAACCAAGUCGAGGUAUCUAAUGUCUUUCACUGCGACGGUUUAUUGCUAUGCGUCCUUGAGGACAAUUCGAGGCUCUUGGUAUGGAAUCCGUAUUUGGGGCAAACCAGGUGGAUCCAACCCAGAAACACUUUCAUGAGGCAUGACAGGUAUGACAAGAACCGUAACCACAAAAUCUUGAGGAUUUUCUAUGUGAUCGACCGCGUUUCUGGUUUCGAAAUCUACGAUUUUAGCUCUAAUUCAUGGAAGGUUCUUCAUGUCACUCCUGACUGGGAAAUAAUGCCUCCUCGGCGUGGUGUGUCUUUGAAGGGAAAUACUUACUUUCCUGCUCAAAAGAGAACAAUAGUGGGUGUAGGAACAAGAAGGAUAAUAAAGAGUGAAGAUUUUUUAGUCUGCUUUGAUUUUACAAGAGAGAGAUUUGGACCGCUUCUCCCUCUGCCGUUUCACUCUUACAAUCUUAGACUUUUUGUGUCUCUAUCUUGUGUUAGAGACGAGCAGCUCGCUGUGUUAUAUCAACGCUUGGACACAUAUGAUGGGACAGUCGAGUUUUGUGUUACAGAUAAGAUUGAUCCCAAUGCUGUGUCUUGGAGCAUGUUUUUGAAACAAGUCAUUGGUUUUACGGUUAAACCUUGUGCUGGGAGUUUUUUCAUCGACCAAGAGAAGAAAGUCGCCGUGGUUUUCGAUAUAGAUGUAUAUAAAAAGGUCAAGGAAUGUCGCUAUCAAACAGCUCACAUCAUUGGACAAGAUGGAUACUUGAAAGCUGUGAAUAUCGGACAAGCUCGGGAUCUCGGGAGAACAACUGGCGUUCCUUCAUCUGUUGUCAAGGGAUUUUGUUUCCCACUUGUGUGCUCUUCUUAUGUUCCAAGCUUAGUGCAAUUGCAAAUCAACCAACCUCAGGGCAUAAGGAACGAAAGCUAUGAUUAAUUUACUUUCCAUUUUACAAUAUACUUUAUAUUGUUUCUUUCAUCAUCUUCUUUUGAACAGCUACUAAUUUGUGUUUUGCUAUUUAGUAUUUAUCAUGUAAUAAAGAAUUUGGCUUUUGAAUGUUUUA